AUGACACUUGUCUACUUCAGCACUAAUACAUCACCUACUACCACUACUAAUACUACUACUACCAGUACUACAUCACCAAUAUUAGUAAUUGCAGAGAGAGAUUCAUCAUCAAGGCUCACCACACCAAGUGCUGCCGUCCGGAUUGAAUUACGGGCAUUGACGAUUACACGGACUCUCCUCUUCUGGGCCGCCAUAAACAAAAAUCGAAUGAAAAGAGCAGCCGACGGCAACGAAAUUUAA